AUGCAGCAGCAGCCUGCCCUCUCCUCACAGUCAGCUGACCCAACGGCUGUUCGCGAUCCAUUUGAGGCCAUGCGAGAGCAGCAACGCAUGUCGGCCACUCAACUCCGGCUGGCGGCGGAGGCCGCGGAGGUCAUGGUACCUGCGGUACCGCACCUCCUCCCCAUCACGCGCUGGGCGGCCAACAACGAGCGCAUCCGCGCCACCUUCGUGGACGACAAGGCCACCAGGAAGAAAGCGCGGCUGUCGUGGUACCACCCUGAUGACACCAUGGUGCCGCGCGGCUGGUUCACUCAGGGGCUGCUGGCCGACCUCAAAUACUACACACCCUUUGCCAAGGCCCAGUGA